AUGAACCACGAGCUUGCAGCAGAGCUCAAACAAGUGGCCGAAACCUUCUCCAACUGCAUAAAGGUAGCCAACGAACAAGUAUUGGAUAGUGACGAGGAAGAGCUUAACGAGACCGGUUCGAAGCGAGAGAAUCAUCCUGUUGCACCAGCUGCUGCACUCUCAACCCAACAAUCACGAGCAAUCGAAUCCCCACACACCACUGAACGGCCAUGUUUACGCGUCGACGCUUCACAACCCCAAAGCUACCUCUCAUACAUCUCGAGUUCGUCCUAUAAUUUACCAGAGCCAAGCGACGAAUCUAUUCUGGUACGUCGACAGUUUACUGUGAGCGAAGCGCUGGAUCAAUCGCGCUCAACAGUUACAUCCACUCAAUCACAUCGUACGGACGGUCAACCACAAGCACAACAGCAAGAGCAGGAACAGCCACUUCCAUUUGGUCUGGUGGACCUUCCAAGUCGCGAGCAGUCCCCCUUUGUACCUCCAUACAUAUUUCCUGUCGACAUCCCUGCCAUGGGCGCAGAGCUCCCGCCAGCGCCACGCCAGUCCUUGAAAGUAACAACCUCACGUCCUUUGACUACGACAUUGAGUACUAAAACCUUAUCUCCAGCCUUCACGUAUUCGUAUGACGAGGUCACGUUUGCACGCCGGCUGACGAGAGCAACACUUGAAGCCGGGUUUCUGCUGUUAAGCACAAAUAUUGUAGACCCAGCAGUGUUGAACUAUAAGUUCAAGUUAUCCCUACCGUUUCUUACACUCGAAGAGAUUCGUGAUCGUUUCAGGAUCGUUCUUUCUCGCGGUGUUAAUGAAGACCUUGACUGGUAUGCCACACCUUUCCUUCAUCUUGGCGGUGCCGGAACGCACUACCAACGGCGCGACGCUUAUGGCAAGGCCAUACCGUUGAGGAACACUUGGACGGUGCGCCAAAUCGGACCAUUGGAAAAGCGUAUGAUCAGGGUGGAGAGCGUUGCAGGUGGUCAAAUUCAAGACUUCGAGGGCAUAGAUCUUGAUAGAUUCGAGGGCGAGUGGUUUGACCCGCACGAUGUGCAAGGUUACCUCGAAGAACGGUGGCACUGCAGGAUCGAUCCAAAGAGCUCAUUCGCGGAAUGCUUAAUUGAGAGCGAAGACGUCUUCUCGGACCAUGAGACGGGAAGCCCAAGUCUGAGUCGCGGGUCGACAGCCAGUUCUCAAGAGUUACCAAUCAGCCCUUCAAUUUCACAUGCCUUCAACGCCUUCCAGCUUCGAUAUGGCCUCGAUACGUUGUAUAAUAACGCCUCGGCACCAAAUUUCCUCGCAGCUCCGACUAAGCAAAGCUUUUUAGACCUAUCCUUUGACCAAACAUUGGGUCUAGACCUAGCACCUAGCUUUGACAUGGGCUUUGCUGCAAAUAGCGGAUUCGGUACACUUGGCCUCAGUAUGAUGUGUGAAACCGAGCAGCUCCCUGUAUUACGGCAGAAACCAAAAAAGGCUGUGUUGGUUGAUAUUUCAAAACUCAUUGAGAAACUCAUCAAAGAGGCUGUCUGCAUAGGUCGAGCGCCGGGGUUCAGGCGAAAGGAUGUCGAUGUCGCUUUCAGAGAAGCUCUCAUAGCUGCGUAUUGA